UUAUGCGAGAAUGUAACUGGAGAUGCAAGGGUAAAGUUACUGUUCAUGAGAAGAACGAGUUCGAUCCUUCUCAGAAGGAGUUGUACUCACCCGGUACUUUCUUGGAGAAUUAUUGGUGUCACCAGGCGUCCGAUGCAUUUGAGGGUUUUGGAGUUGGGAUUUCUAGGUCUCGUAAACCUCCCAAAGGUCCUCGGCUCAUAACCGAUUUGGAUCCUUCUACUCCUAGUAACAUCAUGCUCCGCAAGGCUCAUGAUCCCAAAUGGUUUUUGGUUCCUCUUCGCAUCGUGGGGCCUUAUAUUUUUGGUUUGGAUGAACUUGGUAAUGUCCUUCCUGGGAUUCCUGAUAUGCAUAGUCAUCUGCGGGCUUAUAAGCCGUGGGAGCUUAAAUGGGUUCCACCUCGUAGUCGUCCUUCACCGUCUCCCCGAGUUACUGAGGAUGCUAAGAGGAGAAGGGUUGCUGAUGGUUCUGGGCCAUCUAAUACUCUUGCGGUUGUGGCAGAGCAUGCCAUGGAGGUAGAUAUUGGUGCAUUGUUCGGUGAUAAUGAGGUGAGUAAUCUCGCGGAUAAGGGUGUUUCUUCCGAUACGAGUGCUCGGUUUGGUGGUGGUGUUAAUGUUAGUGGUGCUCUUCCUUUGGUUUCGAGUGUUGGUGCUCCCGGUGUACCAAGCACCUUUGCUGGUGGCUUUCCUCCUGUUCCGACGGUUCCGUCUAGUUCAUAUUCCACUGCGUAUUUGUUCAGUGGUGGGUCCUAG